AACAGUCUAAAGGCGGGCGCAGUAUGUACGAUUUAGUGCGUUUCAGCGAGUCUGUCAUGACCUACUGUUGAGACACAAGCCGGGACAUACACUUACUCUUAAAUAUCGAACGGACACUGAAGACAGCUCAUCUUCGUUGUUGGGACAUAUAGGGAUAUUCAUAAUCGAGAGGCGACCCAGUACGUGGAGGCCUGUGUUGGCAGCACUGCACCGCUGUCGCGGUUCGCCGUUCCACAUCAUCCGGCUGCAGUCGGAACUGGCGGCGUUGACGCGGCGGAAUAUCUUUUUGUACAACAUUGAUAAAGAAGAGGGCAAAUAGUGCUGGAUGUGGCAGCUUCAUUAUUCAUAGCAAGACCUCACCAGUGAUAAUCUCAGAUUGCAUCAAAGCUGCUCUUAGGAUUAAUAUACUGAAAAAAUGGCUUAUGACGAUAUUUUGAAGUACUUGGGAGAGUUUGGACGUUACCAAAAGCGUAUUUAUUUCUUCCUCUGUUUGCCUGCAAUAUUUUGUGUUACACACAAACUAGCAAAUGUUUUCUUACAAGCUAAAACAAAACAUAGGUGCCACCUUCCUUAUGAAAUGGAUAAUAGUACAUAUUUUAUGACACCUGAGGUAAUUAAUAUGACAAUUCCAUGGGAUACUGCAGCAAAGACGUGGUCAUCUUGUCAGCGGUUGGAUGCAAAUUUCACCCAAGAAUAUUUUGAUGCUGGAAUACCAACAAAUAACACUGUGGAUUGUGACAGUUGGAUAUAUGACACGACGACUUACAAGAGCAGUGCAGUAAUGGAGUUUAACCUGGUCUGUGAAUAUGCAUGGUUAAGUGCAACUGCUGAUGCGCUGUUCAUGGUUGGAGUUCUUCUUGGCUCUAUAAUAUUUGGUGACUUGUCAGACAGAUUUGGGCGGAGACCAAUUUUCUUCCUCUCCCUCGUCCUCCAGGUAAUUGGUGGAAUAGGAGCAGCAAUUCUGCCAAAUUAUUCAUCAUAUGUUGCAGCUAGAAUGUUGAUUGGUGCUACUACUUCUGGAGUGUUUUUAGUAGCCUAUGUUAUAGCUAUGGAAAUGGUUGGUCCAAGCAAAAGAAUGGUUGCUGGUGUGUUGUGCCAAGUAUUUGGUACAAUUGGUUACUUGUUGACUGCAUUCUUUGCUUACUUUAUAAAAGAAUGGAGAAUUUUGCAGAUAGCAUUUUCUGUUCCUGGAGUGCUUUUCUUAUCCUACUGGUGGUUCAUACCAGAAUCAGUAAGAUGGUUACUCACAAAAGGCAAAACUGAUGAAGCCAAGCACUUGAUUCUCAAGGUAGCCAAGGAGAAUAAAGCAGAUGUUCCAGAUGAUGUGCUGGACAAACUACUAGAAGAAGAGAAAAUUCAGGCACGGACUGCAGCUGCUGUUCAAAAGCCAUCUCUGCUGGAUCUAAUGAGGAACAGCAAUUUAAGGAAGAAAUCAUUAAAUAUAUUUUUCCAGUGGUUUGUCAUAAGUGGCACAUAUUAUGGUUUGUCAUGGAACACAUCAAAUCUUGGAGGAAAUGAUUAUCUCAAUUUUUUCAUAGCAGGAGCAGUAGAAUUUCCAGCAAAUAUAAUUUUACUGUGUACCCUGAAUAGAUGGGGUCGUAAAACAUUGAUGUGUGGAACAAUGCUUCUAGCUGGUGCUGCUCUCCUUUUAACACUUUUUGUGCCUUAUGAUAUGACAUGGCUGAUAAUCACAUUUGCCAUGAUUGGAAAGCUUGGUAUAACAGCAGCAUAUGGUACAUUGUACAUAUUCUCCGCAGAGCAGUUUCCAACUGUUAUUCGUAAUGUUGCUCUUGGUGCUAGCUCAACAUGUGCUAGAGUGGGAGGCAUACUUGCACCAUAUGUUAAUCUUUUGGCUGAACACUGGCAGCCACUACCUUUGCUGAUAUUUGGUGCUCUAUCUUUGGCAGCAGGAGUUACUGCACUUUUACUUCCAGAAACAAUGAAUCAGAAAUUACCAGACACUAUAGCAGAAGGAGAAAAUUUUGGAAAGGUAACUGAUGAUAAACAAGACAUUAAUGGUGAUGUCCUUUUGGAGACCAAGGAGACCGAGAAAUGAAAGACAUGAAAAUUUGUGAAUUAUAUGCACUGAUGGACAUUGUACACAAAGCACUCAUUGUGUUAUACAAAUGUAUAACACAAAAUGGCGAAAAUACUUAAUUUAGUGGUCUUUCAAUUGGUGAUAUAUGCACACUGUAUUUACAUUGUUCAGAUAUCUCAUGCCAUGAAUUUUUUGAGCAGUUUUGAAUUAUAUGUCAGCCACAACUUUUAGUACAAGAUUUUUACGUAAUGCAUAUGAUGAUCUCUGGCACUAUGUUUUGAAAUGAGAAUAUUUUCAAGAAGCACAAAUCGAUCAAUAAAACAACUUUUUAUAUUUUG